AUGGGAAACGAACAGCAGGAACAGGAGCAGGAUCAAAUAGGAUGUCGUUUUCAUUUACCUUCCGAAGCAGUGUACACUACAUUCAAUAAUACCACAGAAGAGUGUAAUAAUAAUGGUAGAAGUAGUUGCGAAUCAGUGGAAAAAUCACUAGAACACACAUGCAGACAAUCUGAGAACAAUCCAAAUAAUGCGCAGAAAAUUUUAAAAGGAGGGUGUUAUGCAUAUAAAAAGUGGAGGGACAGUUCGUCCGAUGAGCUACGCUGUAAUUUUUUAUAUUAUUGGGGAGGAAGUAAGCUGUCUGAUGCGCAAAGCAGUGUUCAGAAUUUUAAACACAUUAUGGAAGCGAUUUACGGAAAUCUGGAGGAGUUGGGAAUGGGAAGAGGGUGCCGUGCUAUAUUCUACAGUGGUAUUGACAGGGACACCUUCAAAAACAUGAAAUCCGUGUUCGAUUACACCCAAGACUACUCCACUAUUAAAAAAUAUGCACGAGGUUCCUCGACUCCAGGGUCGUCUUGUGCUGAAAAAUAUGCUAAUUACCUGGACAAAGUCCUUUCAGCCUAUGAUUAUAUGAAUUUGAAAUGUAGAAGUGGGAAUGCAGAAAAUAGUGAAAGUUGGUGUACCCAAUUCAAUAACAUGUCUGCUAAUCAUACUCAUGAGGAGGUGCUAAAAUUAAAGUGUUUAUUAAAACAUACAGAUGAAUGUCCCAUCUUACCUGGAAUUAUAAAUAACAUUUCCUAUGGAAUGUUAACCACCGCAUCCAUAUUGGUCACCUUCUUCUUCUACAAGUACAUAUCAUUAUUCCCUUUCCCAAGAAGAAAUUCCUCUAUUGCCAGGAGCAACAAGAGAAGAAGGGGAAGGGGAAGGUUUGUUCUACAUAAAUCAGACACAGAGGCUGAAAAUUUUACCAAUUACUCUACCGAUUACUCUACAGAGAAUUCAACAUUAGAAUCAGGAACAGCGGACUCCACAUUAGGGGACUCCACGUUCGACUCUACAGCAGAGUAUUCUACCACUGUAUAUAACCUUCCAUCCAGGAAAACAAAUAAUAAACAAAAACAACAGAAACAACAACACAAUAGAAAUAAUAUAGCUUAUCGUCGCAUGUAA